UUUUAGCAGUAGCUCUUUUUUAACUGCAAUACAGUCGAUCAUUCAGUUUCACAGUAAAUGUCACUGAAACAGGUCUUCAAAUAAAAUUACUUCGGAAAAAUUUGUUACAAUAUAUUUCAAUUUUUCAAAGUGAAUCUUAAAAAAAACAAUUACUAAUAUAAAAAAUCUACAAUAUGACGACGAGUUUUAAAAUAAAUGGUCAACCUUAUACAGUUAAUUUGUCUACUUUACCGGCUGAUAUAACUUUAAAUACUUUUAUAAGAGAACAUGCUAAACUUACCGCCACAAAAUUUAUGUGCUUGGAAGGUGGUUGUGGUGCAUGUGUGGUCGCUAUUAAAGGAAAACAUCCCGUCACAGGCGAAAUGAAAACAUGGGCUGCGAAUUCGUGCCUGACAUUGUUAAAUUGUUGUGCCGAUUGGGAAAUUACAACCAACGAAGGACUCGGAAAUAAGCGCAAUGGCUAUCAUCCUAUACAAAAACGCUUGGCUAAAAUGAAUGGAUCACAAUGUGGGUUCUGUACCUCGGGAUUUGUUAUGAACAUGUAUGGUUUACUAGAAUCUAAAGCUGGAAAGGUCAGCAUGGCGGAGGUGGAGAAUUCCUUUGGAGGCAAUAUAUGUCGUUGUACCGGCUAUAGACCCAUUUUGGAUGCCAUGAAAUCAUUUGCUGUGGAUAGUAAUAUUCAGGUUCCAGAAGAAUGUCAAGACAUUGAAGACCUUUCAAAUAAAAAAUGUCCCAAAACGGGUCAAUUGUGUGCUGGUUCAUGUCACAAACCCCUUAAAUAUUUGACAUAUGAUGAUGGGUGUGAAUGGCAUUGGCCAAAAAACCUCACCGAACUAUUCGACAUCAUUUCGAAAAUCAACACAAAUGACGAAUAUAUGUUGGUAGCCGGCAACACAGCCCACGGCGUAUACAGGAGAUCGGAAAAUAUAAAACAGUUCAUUGAUGUAAAUGCCAUAAGUGAUUUAAAAAAUCAUGAGCUUACCAAUGAUUACUUAAAAUUGGGUGCUAAUUUAAGUCUCACUGAAACAAUGGAUAUUUUUGUUGAAGCUUCUAAGAAAUCUGGUUUCGAAUAUUGUGAGCAAUUAUGGAAUCACUUUGACCUAAUAGCAAAUGUUCCUGUAAGAAACUCAGGCACUUUAGCAGGCAAUAUUUCAACAAAGAAAAGUUAUUCGGAAUUUCCAUCGGAUGUAUUUAUUACAUUUGAAACAUUGGAUGCACAAGUGCUCGUUAAUUUGGAUGCAGUAAAACAGGAAGCUAUGUCUUUAUCCGAGUUUUUAAAGAACAAUACACCGAAAAUGGUCAUUAAUGCAUUCAUAUUAAAAGCUUAUCCCAAGGAUAAAUAUAUAUUCAAAUCAUAUAAGAUUAUGCCCCGUGCCCAAAAUGCUCACGCUUUUGUCAAUGCAGGGUUUUUAUUUGAUGUCGAAAAAUCAGGAAAAGUAAAUAAUGUCCGCAUUUGUUUUGGUGGUAUAACGCCAGAAUUCGUUCAUGCCUCUAGUGUUGAGGAGCUUCUCAAAGGCGAAAUAUUUCACGAUAAAGCUGUCGUUGAGAAGAUAUUUUCGGAGUUGUCAAAUAUUUUGCAACCUAACGCAAUUUUGCCUGAUCCUUCUCCUGAAUAUCGUCGAAAACUUGCCUGUGGUCUCAUGCUAAAAUGUCUCCUAGACAUUGCGCCAUCCGAUAAAGUAAAACCAGAAUUUAAAAGUGGUGGUCAAAUAUUAAAACGUGAUCUCUCUUCGGGUUUGCAAACAUUUGAGUCCCAAAAAAAUAAUUACCCUAUUACACAGCCUUUACAAAAAGUUGAAGCAAUAAUUCAAUGCUCCGGUGAAGCUACGUACAUGAACGAUGUUUUAACUACAGAUAAUUCUGUACAUUGUGCCUUUGUUAAUGCUACAAAAGUCGGAGCAUCUAUCGAACAAAUCGAUGCAUCCGAAGCCUUGAAAAUGCCAGGUGUUAUUGCUUUUUAUUCAGCAAAAGAUAUACCUGGUUCAAAUACCACUGUUGAUCCUGAAUUCGGCUACGAAGUUGAGGAAUUGUUUACAGCCGAGAUUGUACGCUACUAUGAUCAACCGCUGGGCAUGGUGGUUGCUGUUACAAGCGAUAUUGCCAAUAGAGCAGCUUCUAAAAUAAAAGUCAUCUACUCAAAAGGUAGUGACUUGAUAAUGCCAACCUUGGGAGACGUUUUCGCUAAUAACAGAAUGGAUCGAGUACAUAAUGUCGCUCCUUCGGAUAUUAAGGACAUUAAAUUAACUGAUAAUGCUGACAUAACAGGAAAAGGAAUCUUUGAAAUGGGUUUGCAGUACCAUUUCACUAUGGAACCACAAACAUGUGUUGCAGUUCCAUUCGAAGAUGGACUUCAAGUAUGGGCCACCACUCAAUGGAUAGAUCAUACACAAAGUGUUAUUUCGAAAAUGCUGCAAAUGAAAGCUGCUGACAUUCAAAUGAAAGUCAGACGUCUUGGCGGUGGAUAUGGCAGUAAGAUCUCCCGGGGAAAUGCUGUUGCUUGCGCCGCUUCUUUGGCAGCAUACAAACUUAACCGACCUGCACGAUUUGUGCAAUCCAUUGAAUCUAUGAUGAAUUCAAAUGGCAAGCGAUGGGGCUGUCGUUCAGAUUAUGAAUUUCACGUUAAAUCAAAUGGCAAAAUUGUUGGUUUAAAAAAUAUUUUCUAUGAAGAUGCUGGUUGCACCCUUAAUGAAAAUCCUGUCCCAGACCUUUCAACAUUAUGCGCAAAAAACUGUUAUGCUUUCACGGCAGACAAUUACAAAUUAGAGGGAAACUCUGUUAUCACCGAUGCCACCAGUUCCACUUGGUGUCGUGCCCCAGGUUCUGUUGAAGGGAUUGCUAUGAUUGAAAACAUAUUGGAACAUAUUGCUUUUGAGACUAACGUAGACCCUGCCGAUGCUCGUCUUGUUAAUUUACAAUCAGGUCAUAAAAUGAAUGAGUUAUUGCCACGUUUUCUGAAAUCGACUGAAUAUAGAAAACGACGACAAGAAAUUGACAGUUUUAAUGAAAAAAAUAGAUGGAUUAAACGAGGUUUGGGUUUAGCAAUUAUUGAUUACCCCCUUCUUUAUUUUGGUCAGUAUCCCGCCACAGUUUCCAUUUAUCACACUGAUGGUUCGGUGGUGAUAUCUCAUGGUGGAAUAGAAAUGGGCCAAGGUAUGAAUACGAAAAUAACUCAGGUUGCAGCUUACGUAUUAGGAAUUCCUGUAGAAUUUGUGAAAAUUGAAGCAAGCGAUACCUUGAAUGGAGCCAAUUCAAUGGUUACUGGAGGAAGUGUGGGUAGUGAAAGUGUUUGUUUCGCUGUUCGAAAGGCUUGCAAUACCUUAAACGAUCGCUUGAAACCUAUAAAAGAAUCUCUAAAAAACAACGCUACUUGGGCGCAGGUUGUACAAACAGCUUGGGUAAAAAACAUAAAUCUAAUUGCCAGUGAUCAUUAUAAAGUGGGUGAUAUGCAAAACUAUAAUAUUUACGGUUUAUCUCUUACCGAACUUGAAGUAGAUAUUUUAACGGGUAAUCACUUAAUCAAACGAGUUGAUAUAUUAGAAGAUGCUGGUGAAAGUUUAAAUCCUUACAUUGACAUUGGACAAAUAGAAGGAGCGUUCGUUAUGUGUUUGGGCUAUUGGCUAACUGAACAACUGGUAUAUGACCGCACCACUGGCCAAUUAAUGACUAAUCGCACGUGGAACUAUAAACCACCCGGUGCAAAGGAUAUUCCUAUUGAUUUUCGCAUUGAACUUUUGCCUGGUAGUCCGAACCCUGCUGGGUUUCUACGUUCUAAAGCAACAGGCGAACCUCCCAGCUGUCUAGCAAUCAGUGCAAUUUUUGCUAAGGAACAUGCCUUGCAUUCGGCACGCAAGGACGCCGGUCUUAAGAAAGAAUGGAUUCGUUUCGGAGCACCAACUACUCCCGAAACUUUUGUUUUGAAUGCUGGUAAUGAUAUAUCUGCUUUCUCCUUAGAAUAAUUAUAAUAUAUUUACACAUGUAUAAUGUGCAUACUUAAAUAGAUAUAUUGCUAAUUAACAUUUUUUUCUAAUGUUAGCUUGCAUCAAUUUGCAAAUAUAUCAGGUACAAUUUGCAUUUAAAAUUGUAGUGAUAUCUAUAAUCAAUAAACUAAGGUGUUGGUUGCAUUAAUAAA